UAGUUAUUUAUUUAACUUGAAAUUUGUGAACUCUAUUUUAUUACUAAAUAUUUAUACAUUUUUAUUAUACAACAAAAUGUCGAAAAAUCGUUUUGUGAGCGAUUCAUCACGGGGCAUAUUCGAUGAUGUAGAUGAUGUGGAUGACAAUGAAUUCUUAUCUCGUGUCCGACCUAAUUUAGGUUAUAGAAAUGAUUUAAUGGGUAACAAUUAUGGAAAUCAAGAAUUUGAAAAUGCAAAUCGACAAAAACAACAAGUUAUUGAAACUACAAGGGAUGUAGAACAAAGAACUUUAAAUUCAACUGAAAGGACGCUACGUUUACUUAGAGAGUCAGAAAAUAUUGGUGCAGCUACAGCCGAAGAAUUAGUAAGACAAAGAGAACAAUUGCAAAAUACCGACAGACGACUUGAUGAAAUUAAUUCAAACCUUCGUGUUAGUCAAAAACAUAUACAAGGCAUUAAAAGCAUUUUUGGAAGUUUUAAGAAUAUGCUUAGUGGUAAAUCCAAUUUACCUCCAUCAAAUACCCCAACUGAAAUAGAGUCAAGUAGAUCACCAUUAACAAAUGAAGUGCGUAGAAGUACGUUAAGUGAAACCUUAACUCAAGCAAAUUCUAACAUAAAAUCCAUGGAACAACAUCCUGGUUUAAAAAUAAGAGGUUUGGUAGACGAUGAAUUAACUACUCCAACCAAUGUACAAUCUACAUUAGAUAAUAAUUUGGAUCAAAUUCUUGGAUCAGUAACUAGAUUAAAAGGUUUAGCAUUGGGACUCGGCGAAGAAAUUGAUUCUCAAAAUGAUCUAGUUGAAAACAUUCUUGGUAAAGCAGACAAAGCUGAUAUAAAUAUGGAACGGCAAAACAAAGAAUUAAAUCGUAUUUUAAAAAAAUGAGCAACAUUCCCAUUAAGUUAAAUUUCUUUUUUUAGAUUUUAUCCUCUAUUGAAGUUAUUUAAAAUACUGUACCUACCAUAUUUGUAUUUAAUCUUUUUUUUUAUGUUACCAAUCAUUUAUUUAAGCUAUGAUAGUUUAUAUUUGUAGUCAUUCCUCAUUUUAAUUGUUGUAAUCUCUUAAAUAUCUAAUGUCAAUUGCAUUUUUUUUCCUGUAUAUGCAAUUUAUAUCUAUUAAAU